UCAGGAUCAAGCUGCCUAUUCCUUCAACUACCAUCAUACCUUCUAAAAGAAAAAUGAGAUACACACCACUUAGCCUCAUUGGAGAACACUUCCUCAGAGGCUUCACGAUCUUGUUCCUUAGUUUUAUAGCCAUUCGGCUUAACUUGUGUCUUUCAAGUAUCCCUUCUUCACUAAAAGCACUUCCCCUUGAAGGACAUUUCAAUUUUGAUGAAGUUAGCCUUAACCAUGCAGCCAAAGACUUUGGCAACAGGUACCAAUAUCAUCCAAUGGCAGUGUUGUAUCCGGAAUCAGUUUCUGAUAUUGCUGCCACCAUAAAGCAUAUCUGGAACAUGGGUCCUAGCUCUCAUCUCACUGUUGCAGCCAGAGGCCAUGGCCACUCACUCCAGGGCCAGGCACAAGCUCAUGGAGGAGUUGUGAUCAACAUGGAAAAACUCAAGGUCCCAGAAAUGCAGGUAUAUGCAGGAGAUUCUCCUUAUGUAGAUGUCUCAGGUGGCGAGUUGUGGAUAAACAUCCUGCAUGAGACUCUAAGAUAUGGGUUAACACCAAGAUCAUGGACAGAUUACCUACAUCUCACAGUUGGUGGCACUCUCUCCAACGCUGGUGUUAGUGGACAAGCAUUUAGGCAUGGUCCCCAGAUAAGUAAUGUUCAGCAGCUUGAGAUUGUUACAGGAACAGGGGAGGUGGUAAACUGUUCCGAGGAGCAAAAUGAGGAACUCUUUCACAGCGUUCUUGGGGGGCUUGGCCAGUUUGGCAUUAUAACCCGUGCAAGAAUUCUCUUGGAACCAGCACCUUCCAUGGUAAAAUGGAUUAGAGUGUUGUAUUCAGAUUUCACAACAUUCACAAGAGACCAAGAGCAAUUAAUAUCUGCAGAAAAUGCAUUUGAUUACAUUGAAGGAUUUGUGAUAAUCAACAGAACUGGUCUUCUAAAUAACUGGAGAUCAUCCUUCAAUCCACAAGACCCAGUUCAAGCUAGUCAUUUCAACUCGGAUGGAAGAACUCUCUUCUGCCUAGAAUUAGAAGUUGAGAAACAUUUGUCCCAUUUGAACUAUAUCCCAUCAACCCUUUUUCUAACAGAAGUCACAUAUGUAGAUUUCUUAGAUAGGGUGCAUGUAUCUGAGGUCAAAUUGCGUUCAAAAGGUUUGUGGGAUGUUCCACACCCAUGGCUCAAUCUUUUUAUACCCAAAAGCAAAGUACACAAUUUUGCAGAAGUAGUCUUCGGGAAUAUCCUAACAGAAACAAGCAAUGGCCCCGUCCUUAUCUACCCAGUGAACAGAUCAAAGUGGGACAACAGAACUUCUGUUGUUAUUCCAGAGGAAGAUGUUUUCUACUUAGUGGCAUUUCUUACCUCAGCAGUUCCCUCUUCCAAUGGAACUAAUGGCUUAGAACACAUAAUAAGUCAGAACAAAAGAAUUUUAGAAUACUGUGAAAGAGCACAUCUUGGAGCAAAGCAAUAUUUGGCACACUACAAUACACAAGAAGAUUGGCGGGUCCAUUUUGGUCCCAAGUGGGAGGCUUUUCAACAAAGAAAACAUGUUUAUGACCCAUUGGCAAUACUCGCUCCUGGCCAACGAAUAUUUCAAAAACCAAUAACCUUGUCGUGACUCCAGUGAAUCCUCCUCCACAUUUUAUAAUUAUUAUU